GCAGAGAGUGUGCAGAGCGGCUCAUUGCACUGGAGGGAUCGGCCGCAGUCCGUGCAGAUACAGACAUACUGAAGCGCUGACAUCAGCCAGGACGGCACGGCGCUCACACGCUCUACAUUUAAAGGACAUCUCCCCCCUGGCCGAAGAGGUGACCCUCGGGAAACGUCAUCUGUCAUCCACCCACGGACUCAGUUCUUAUAAUUAUCACGAUGAUUAUUAUGUUUUAAGAAGACAAGAAACUGGCCGGGUUUUUCUCCCGCUCGCCGAUCUCACAAUGAGGAGCAGAUCCGAAGUUUGAGCCACUCCAGACUGAUCGCAGUCAUUUACGCUCCCUGUCCGCGUUGAUCAGCGCUGUUGUUUAGCAGACAGGAGGAGGAGGAGAGGAAGAAGAGGAAAGACGUGCGGGUAGUUCUGCUCUUGUUGAAUUGUAGCCGCUUCUUCCUCCCCUGAAGGAUGGUGCUAGACAAGGAGGAGAGCGUGUCUGUCGUUCCCCUCCAGUCCAGAGAGAAGCCACGAGGCUGUGCCGGCUGCAAUGGGAAGAUCCGGGACCGCUUCAUGCUUCAGGCGUUAGACAGGUUCUGGCAUGAAGACUGUCUGAAGUGCGCCUGCUGCGACUGCCGCCUGGGACGGGUCGGCUCCACCCUGUACACCCGGGCAAAUCUCAUCCUCUGCCGCAGAGACUACCUGAGGCUCUUCGGGGUGACGGGGAACUGUGCAGCCUGCAGUAAGCUGAUCCCUGCCUUUGAGAUGGUGAUGAGAGCCAGAGACAACGUCUACCAUUUAGACUGCUUUGCCUGUCAGCUCUGCCGCCAGAGAUUCUGCGUGGGAGACAAGUUCUUCCUCAAGAACAACAUGAUCCUGUGCCAGCUGGACUACGAAGGAGGCCAUCUUAAUGGAGGCUCCGACAGACAGCCGCAAUGAGAGAUCUGGAGAGGGACCACUGUGAGCCAGCUGGACCAUGAAACUCACAGCAGCGCACAGCUCAUCAGCUUCUCGCUUCAAACUGAACUCUGAAGAAUGUAAAAAAAAAAAAAAAAGAAAAGAAAGAAAGAAAAGGAAGAAGAAAAUCUCAGAUUGGACACGUUCGCCGCGGCCGAUGCCUGAACUCUUUGUUGCAGAGCUGCGCGGUCGGUUCCCUGAAAAAAACUGACCGUUCCGAUCGGAUGAGCUCGAGGUCAGCCAGGAAGUGAAACUGGAGAGACCAUGUGGAGGACGUUUCCCACAACGCUUUUUAUGGACUGCGAACUGGAGCGCUGCAAAUUCUGACAAUAAUUUGAGGAGCUGGUUUGAAAAAAAAAAAUAACAACAAGAGCAAAAAUCGAUCCAACAGACGAACGAAGGGAGUCUGGAAAGAAAUCAGGAGCUCUGAGACUGCUGGAUUCUCCUGGCUGUCUUUUUUUUUUUUUUUUUUGGAGGAAAACAAACAAAAAAUAAUAACAGUGAAAUAAAUAAAUAAAUAAAACUUAGAUUUCCAGCCCAGUUUAAUUAUAUUCAAACUGUUUCCCUUGCUGCUUUUUAUUUUUAUUUUAUUUUAUUUU